AUGGCGAGUCCCGGGCAGAAAGUGGUGUUGAUCACCGGCUGCUCCUCCGGUAUCGGCCUGAGGAUGGCCGUGAUGUUGGCGAAGGAUGAACAGAAACGUUACCACGUUAUAGCCACAAUGCGUGAUCUGAAACGCAAAGAUAAGCUGGUAGAAGCUGCCGGGGAUGCAUAUGGGAAAACUCUUUCUCUGGCUGUACUCGACGUCUGCAGCGAAGAGUCCGUCAAACAGUGUAUUAAUGGCAUCAAAGAUCGACACGUGGACGUCCUGAUCAAUAACGCAGGUAUUGGCCUGGUGGGUCCUAUAGAGAGCAUCCCCAUUGAAGAGAUGAAGAAAGUGUUUGAGACCAAUUUUUUUGGAGUGAUCCGCAUGAUAAAGGAGGUGAUGCCCGAUAUGAAGAAAAGAAAAUCAGGACACAUCAUUGUGGUCAGCAGCGUGAUGGGACUGCAAGGUGUGGUGUUUAAUGAUGUGUAUGCAGCUUCCAAGUUUGCCAUGGAGGGCUUCUGUGAGAGUCUGGCAGUGCAGCUCUUCAAGUUUAACAUCACACUGUCCCUGAUCGAGCCAGGCCCAGUGCACACAGAAUUUGAGGCAAAGAUGAUUCAGGAAGUGAAACAGAAGGAGUGUCCUGGAGCUGAUCCGGACACUGUGAAUUACUUCAAGAAUAUCUACCUUCCUUCCUCUAUUAACAUCUUUGAACUACUGGGACAAACACCUGAUGACAUCGCCAGAUGCACCAAGAAAGUGAUUGAAGCAAGCAGCCCACGUUUCCGUAAUCUGACCAACCCCAUGUACACACCCAUCGUAGCGCUGAAAUACGCUGAUGAAACUGGAACCCUGUCUGUCAAAGCCUUCUACCACAUGCUCUUCAGUCUUGGCUCUCUCAUGCACGUCUGUGUGACCACCAUGAAGUACCUCACCUGUGGGUGUCUGAGGAGCAGGACAGUCUCACCAAACUAA